UUCAUCCCCGCAGGCGGAGGUGGCAGGAGCCGGUUAUAGGAUUCAGCCCCGGCCAUGCGGAGCAGGAGCAACUCCGGCGUGCGGCUGGACGGUUACGCCCGGCUGGUGCAACAGACCAUCCUGUGCCACCAGAAUCCAGUGACAGGGUUGCUUCCAGCCAGCUGUGACCACAAGGAUGCCUGGGUCCGGGAUAAUGUCUACAGCGUCCUGGCAGUUUGGGCACUGGGUUUGGCGUAUCGUAAGAAUGCAGACCGUGAUGAGGACAAGGCAAAGGCCUAUGAACUGGAGCAGAGCGUGGUGAAGCUGAUGCGAGGCGUCUUGCAAUGCAUGAUGAGGCAGGUGGACAAAGUGGAGGUUUUCAAGUACACCCAGAGCACCAAGGACUGCCUGCACGCCAAGUACAACACCAGCACCUGUGCCACUGUGGUAGGUGACGACCAGUGGGGUCACCUGCAGCUGGAUGCCACUUCCCUGUUUUUGCUCAUGUUGGCUCAGAUGACAGCCUCAGGGCUUCACAUCAUCCACAGCCUGGAUGAAGUCAAUUUUGUACAGAACCUCGUCUUCUACAUUGAAGCAGCUUACAAGACUGCUGACUUUGGGAUAUGGGAACGUGGUGACAAGACAAACCAAGGAAUCACAGAACUGAAUGCCAGCUCAGUGGGGAUAGCAAAGGCUGCCCUAGAAGCCUUAGAUGAGCUUGACCUCUUCGGAGCCAAGGGGGGCCCCCAGUCAGUUAUUCACGUGCUCUCGGAUGAAGUGCAGCAUUGCCAGUCUAUUCUCCAUUCUAUGCUGCCACGGGCUUCAACUUCUAAGGAGAUCGACGCCAGCCUCCUCUCGGUCAUCUCUUACCCGGCCUUUGCCAUUGAGGACAGCCACCUGGUAGAGAAGACCAAACAAGAGAUUAUCUCCAAGCUACAAGGCCGCUACGGUUGCUGCCGGUUUCUCCGGGAUGGCUACAGAACCCCCAAGGAGGACCCGAACCGCCUCUACUAUGAGCCUGCAGAACUGAAGCUCUUUGAGAAUAUUGAGUGUGAGUGGCCCCUAUUCUGGACCUACCUCAUAAUUGACGGUAUUUUCAUGGGCAACGCAGAGCAGGUCCAAGAGUACAGAGAGGCCCUGGACGCGGUCCUCAUCAAAGGGAAGAAUGGAAUUCGGCUGGUACCGGAGCUCUACAGUGUCCCACUGGAGAAGGUAGAUGAAGAGUACUGCAACCCUCACUCUGUCGACCGUGUGCCGUUGGGCAAGCUGCCGCUCAUGUGGGGUCAAUCCCUCUACAUCCUGGGCUGCCUCAUGGCAGAGGGAUUUCUGGCUCCUGGGGAAAUCGACCCUCUGAACCGCAGGUUUUCAACUGUUGCAAAGCCAGAUGUGGUGGUCCAAGUGUGCAUCCUGGCCGAGACAGAUGCCAUCAAAGCUUUCUUGCAGAAGGAGGACAUUGAGGUGGAAACAGUGGCCGAUGUCUACCCUAUCCGAGUGCAGCCGGCAAGAAUCCUCAGUCACAUCUAUGCCCGACUAGGUCGUAACAAGCGAAUGAACCUGAGUGGGCGGCCCUUCCGGCACAUGGGUGUUCUCGGGACCUCUAAGUUCUAUGACAUCAGGAACAAUAUCUUUGCCUUCACUCCACAGUUCAUAGACCAGCAGCAGUUCUACCUUGCCCUCGACAACAAGAUGAUCGUGGAGAUGUUGCGGACAGACCUUUCGUACCUGUGUAGUCGCUGGAGGAUGACGGGACGCCCAACGAUCACCUUCCCCAUCAAUCAAACGAUGCUUGAUGAAGCUGGCACCAGCAUCCACCCAGCUGUCUUGGCCACACUGCGGAAGCUGCAGGACGGAUAUUUUGGAGGGGCAAGGAUCCAGACUGGUAGGUUGUCUGAAUUUCUCACAACUUCAUGUCGCACACAUCUCAGCUUCAUGGACCCCGGGCUGGAGGGUAAGCUCUAUGCUGAUGACUAUGGGCUCAGCCUUGACAGCUUCAGCGAUUUAGACCCUGAGGACUGGCUGCAUGGCUUUCGAAUGUCAGAAGAUGCUGACAUCUGUGAUGAAGUUGCCCAGUAUUUAGACCACCUUCUGGAGCACACAGUUCCCAAGGCCACCCUCUCUGCAUCAUCUCAGAAGCGGGGGCUCCAGCGCUUCCGUGCAGCAGUGCACACCACUCGUGACCUUGUGUCUCUGAUGACAAAGGCCAAAGACCUGCAUGUACAGAAUGUCAACAUGUACAUCCCUUCCAAGCUGUUCCAGGAUUCCCAGCCAUCUGUUAACUUGCUGGGCUCAAUGCAAAAGCAAGACACCAAGCCAUCCAUCCCUGUUGAGGUGAACCUCCCUAAGGAUGCAGCUGGGAAUGUGGACUGCAAGGUCCUGGUGGAUCAGCUCCGUGAAUGCGAAUCCCUGCAGGACCAGGCCAACUACCUCUAUAUGCUCUACACCCUCAAGGGGCCAGAUUGGGAUACGGAGAUCUAUGGUGAACCUGGGGUCACAGUCACUGAUCUCCUCACAGAGCUAUACGGCAAAGUUGGUGCUACUCGCCAGUGGGCCCUGAUCCGGUACAUCUCUGGGAUCCUGAAGAAGAAGGUGGAAGCUCUUGAUGAGGCCUGCACCAGCUUGCUGUCGCAUCAGAUGCACUUGACUGUGGGGCUUCCCCCUGAACCUCGUGAGAAGACCAUCUCUGCCCCCUUGCCUUACGAGGAGCUCACCUGCCUGAUUGACGAAGCCAGCGACAAGAAUAUGAGCGUCUCCAUCCUGACUCAGGAGAUAAUGGUUUACCUAGCCAUGUACAUCCGAACUCAGCCGGCUCUCUUUGCAGAGAUGUUCCGUCUGCGUAUUGGACUUAUCAUCCAGGUGAUGGCAACGGAGCUGGCUCAGUCAUUGUGUUGCUCGGCUGAGGAAGCCACCGAGAGUUUGAUGAAUCUCAGCCCUUCGGAUAUGAAGAAUCUUCUGCAUCACAUCCUCAGUGGCAAGGAGUUUGGAGUGGAGAGAAGUGUGCGCUCCCUGGAUUCAGCAUUGACUCCAGCCAUCUCCAUCCGUGAAGUUGGCCCAGUUGGAGCAACUAAAACCGAACGGGCUGGGAUUGUUCGGCUCAAGAGCGAAAUCAAGCAGGUACCAGGUACCCAGUUAUCUGGACACUCCAUACCACGAAGUGGCACAGGUGAAGACCGUCCUUUCAAGGAUGGGCGCCAAGGCCAGUGGCAGAGACGCCGGCGACUGGACGGGGCCCUCAACAGAGUCCCGGUGGGAUUCUACCAGAAGGUCUGGAAGAUCCUGCAGAAGUGCCAUGGACUGUCCGUGGAAGGUUUUGUUCUUCCAUCAUCUACAACCAAAGAGAUGACUCCAGGAGAGAUCAAGUUUGCAGUCCAUGUCGAGUCUGUCCUAAACAGAGUCCCGCAGCCAGAAUACCGGCAGCUGUUUGUUGAGGCCAUUCUGGUCCUGACGAUGCUAGCGGAGGUGGACGUGCAUUGCCUUGGCAGCAUCAUUGCAGUGGAGAAGAUUGUGCACCUUGCGAACAACUUAUUCUACGAGGAACAGAAAGCCCUGGGUGCCGAUGACAACAUGCUGGAAAAGGACCCAGCCACAGGGAUCUGCACCUUGCUCUAUGACAGCGCCCCUAGUGGCAGGUUUGGCACCAUGACGUACCUCUCCAAAGCCGUGGUUACCUACCUGCAGGAGUUCCUUCCCAGCAGUGGCUGCACCAUGCAGUAAGCCAGUUCAGGUUUCUCUGUAUGAGCUGGAAGAACAACCUGGGGAUUUAGGUGUAGGUCUGAAGGCCAGCACUGAGCUGUCUGGUUGGCAGUUGGAUCACCUCUUCUCAGCAAAGACAUCCAGUCUGGGUGACUGAAACUUCCUUGGCACAGUACUGCUGGAGAUGAACUUUGUGCUGCAACAUCUGCCCUGAGAAAAAGACUUCUGAGCAUUGCAGGAGAGCGUGUGUUGUGCAAGAAGCUGUGUCUGCACACAAACUGUGUAUACAGAACCCCCUUUGCUUCAAGGAGGGUCUGUGCUCCUUAGACAGAGGGUUCUGGGAUUGGAUCCUCUUAGGCUGAUGGCUGCCAUUUGCACAACCUUACUGCUUGAGUUUGAACGGAGAGGUCAAGAGGGCUCCUCAUGCUCUAGGCAUCUGCUUUUAGGGGGGUUCCUACUUGCAUGCAGCUGUAGAUUUUGUUACUGGGUUAAAAAAAAUAUCUCUCCAUUUAUCCUGGGAUUUUUACCUCUGCUCUGUGAGACUUCGAUCAACCAGAUGUGUUGCUGCUCCUUACCUGGGAUACUAGUCUUCCCAUAAACCCUUUGUUUGUAGUCUCCCCCUCAUGAAUGCCUUGAGUGCCUUUAAUGUCGUCCAUUGUACUCCAGCCUCAGGGGGCUUCUCUUCACUCUCGCUGAUGUCCUGACCACAGGCUGGAACUUCGGCUGCCUCCUGUUAGUCAGGGUAUUAUUAUGUGCUGCAAACCAUCUCAUACAGAAACUACUCGUCUGAGCUUGUGUUCUUUUCAAGUCAGCAGCUUGCCAAAUGAAAGUCAUUUCGAGUGCAACCAGAGUCAAUGAAUCUGUCUGCAGGGAGAUAAGGGUUCAGCAUUUUUCUUCUCAGUGGGGGCUUUUGUUCCAUCGUCUUCCUGCCUCCACUGAGAGGAUCUGCCAAAAGGCUUUAAACAGAACCCUGGCUCUCAUGACUAGCCUUGGCCUGCAGACAUGCUGGCGAGGGUGGAUGUGCUACUACAGUGAUAGGGCUCCGGCUGCCCUGCUCCAAGGAAAAUUAGUGGCUGUGGGUCAUGUGGGAGAGAAGGAGAGUUGUUUGAUUCUCAGAAAAUCAACAGAAGCUUUGAAGGGCUUGGAAAGUGCUUGGUCUUUAUGGUGAGAUGUGGGGUUUCCAUAAAUAGGGCUUCCAGGGCUCAAAGUUACCACUGUGUGUUUGAAAUAAAUGACUUUGCCAAGUAUUUAAAAUAUCAGUAUGACUUUCUGGGAAGGGGAGCUCACUGUAGCCCAUUAAAGGACUGAAAUCCUUGGUGAGGGCAUGUUGCCACUGAAAUCCUUGGUGAGGGCAUGUUGCCACUUCAGGAAUAUGUAACUCCAGGCUUCCCCUUCAGAGGAAAGGAGCUAAACAUAGGGGCAGAGCUAGAAGACUACAGGCCAGGCCGUUGCUUGGAAGGGCUCCAGAAAGGGGCUCCAGAAGGGGAAACAUGGCCCCACUUUUGUGUGAAGCAAUAAGUGUGAUGGCUGUGCUUGCUUGCUUGGUUUCAAGUGCCAAAUCUUUUGCGAAGGAAGCAGGGGAUGCUUUACCCGCCCUCCCCUCAUCUCAAUCUGGGAUACAAAAAUGCAUCUUGUUCAAGUGGUUCCUGAGUUUACAUGUUUGGGCUGGUUAUUGUAAUGCACUUUGUGAUAGUUUACCGAAUUAUCCAAUUGCACUUUCUAUUCAGUCUGGACUCAUAAGCUCUAUGAAUUCUGAAAACUCCACACCUCGCUCUUUGGGAGGUUUUUGUGUGUGCUGCUGAUAAGCAGGAUGCAGUUGGCUUUGUUUUGUUCCCUCCCCCCCACCCAAGAAAAUUGCAAUACUGUUCCUUUCAGUGAGCAUUGAAAACCUAGAAUAA